UUUAGGCAAGGAAUUCUCCGGGAACCCCAUCAAGGUUUCCUUUGCCACCCGACGGGCUGAUUUCAACCGCGGUGGAGGUGGGGGACGAGGAGGACGAGGGAGGGGAGGCCCUAUGGGUCGCGGUGGGUUCGGUUCUGGUUCCGGCGGUGCCAGUCGUGGUGGUUUCCCCAGCGGUGGCGGCGGCCAACAAAGAGCAGGAGAUUGGAAAUGCCCCAACCCGGCCUGCGAGAAUAUGAAUUUCUCGUGGAGGAAUGAAUGUAACCAAUGUAAGGCCCCCAAACCUGAUGGACCUGGAGGACCCCAUAUGGGGGGGGGGAAAUACCCCGGAGGAGGACGAGGGGGGAACCAUAUGGGAGGAGGUGGGGGCUUUGAGGAGCGUCGCGGUGGUCGCGGGGGGUUCGACAGGGGGGGCUUCAGAGGAGGAAGAGGAGGAGGAGAACGAGGGAACUUCAGGGGAGGAAGAGGAGGAGACCGGGGGGGAUUCGGGCCUGGCAAGAUGGACUCCAGGGGCGACCACCGACAGGACCGCCGUGAGCGACCCUACUGACCCUCAAAAUAGCCCUUUUUUACUCCAGAUUGCCCAAUUCUCCCCUUUUUAACCCCAAAACAACACGGUGUCGCCCCGUUCCGGAUUUACCCCCCCCAAUAAAGCCUUGGGGUGACACAUGG